AUGAAGGGAAUUGUUCGCGGAGGCAGCGUCGCAGCUCGUACGUUUACAUCUUCUGCGAGAAGAUCAGUGGUAUAUGCAAGAGAUGGCACACUCGAGCACGACAGCAACGAGCUUAGCUUGAAGCAGCGGUUAAUCCAGAAAGAGAAUGUCGAAUCACUCGAGCAUUUGGGAUCCACGCAAAACUCAUCUAACGCCUACAAGCCAUGGAAGACGAGGCUGCCUACGUCACAGCAGCCAAUUGACAGCUUAGUUGGUGCAUUAACAGCAGCAGGUGCUCACCUUGGACACAAUCACAGCGAGUGGAAUCCUUCAAUGAGACCUUACAUCUACGGCACAAGGCAUGGACAAUCUAUAAUUGACUUGGAGCAGACACUCGUUGCCAUUAGGAGAGCAGCAGCAGUCGUCAGAGGCGUUGUUGAGCGUGACGGCAUCGUUCUUUUCGUUGGAGGCAAGACGAGGACUACGAUCGUGAAGAGAGCAACUGAGAGAGCAGCUGAGAAAUUGGAGGGUAACGGGUUCUGCGUACCGAACAACUGGCUGCCUGGUACGCUCACUAAUCGCUACAGAUUGUUGCCAGGAGGAAAACCAGAGCAACCACCACCACUUCCUGAUUUGGUUGUGUUCAGUAAUCCACAGACAUAUCCACACGCACUGAGGGAGUGUGCUCUUACUCGAGUACCGACUGUUGGAUUGAUGGACAGUGACGGUGAUCCAAGGGGUGUCACGUAUGCCAUACCCGCCAACGACGACAGCGAGAGAGCGGGUGAACUUAUUAUCAAUCUCCUCGCUGAAGCUGGAGCAGAGGGCUUGAUGGUCAGGAGAGAGUUGGAAGAAAGUAGACAGAAGGCGCAGAGAGUUAAACAGAGGAAGCAGGCGGAUGGCGCGUGA